UUUCUCAAUAGAUGGAAAGCCGUGCAUUGCUUCUGGAGACCCCAGCCUCAUGAAUCCAAUAACUAAGCCCGCUACCACCACUUCUGUCAAUGUUUCUGUGGCGGAGAUUCCAAGGAAGCGCAAAGGAAGUGAUUCUGAUAACCAGGAUACAGUUGAAGUUGAUGGUGAUCCUCAGAAAAGGAGUGAAGAUGAAGAACAUGUUAAAAUAAAAGAUUUCAGAGAGGCCCACAGUCAAACAGAGAAACGUAGAAGAGACAAAAUGAAUAAUCUGAUAGAGGAAUUGUCUGCUAUGAUACCUCAGUGCAAUCCCAUGGCACGAAAGCUAGACAAACUUACAGUGUUACGGAUGGCUGUGCAACACUUAAAAUCUUUAAAAGGUUCCACUAGCUCCUAUACAGAAAUCCGGUAUAAACCUUCAUUUUUAAAGGAUGAUGAGCUCCGACAGUUAAUCCUUAGGGCUGCAGAUGGAUUCCUGUUUGUGGUCGGUUGCAACAGAGGAAAAAUUCUGUUUGUCUCAGAAUCAGUUUGCAAAAUACUUAAUUAUGAUCAGGCUAGUUUAAUCGGACAAAGUUUGUUUGAUUACUUGCAUCCAAAAGAUGUUGCAAAAGUUAAGGAGCAACUUUCUUCUUCAGAUGUCUCUCCCAGGGAGAAGCUCGUAGAUGGGAAAACUGGCUUGCAAGUACACACAGAUUUUCAAGCUGGACCAGCUCGACUGAAUUCUGGUGCUCGACGUUCCUUCUUCUGCCGGAUAAAAUGUAGUAGGACCACAGUCAAAGAGGAAAAGGAGUGCUUGCCCAACCCAAAGAAGAAAGAUCACAGAAAAUACUGUACCAUUCACUGUACUGGGUAUAUGAAGAACUGGCCUCCUAAUGAGGUGGGAGUAGAAGAGGAGAAUGAUGUAGAAAAGGACAGUAGUAAUUUUAACUGUCUUGUUGCGAUUGGGAGAUUACACCCUUACAUUGUUCCACAAAAGAGUGGAGAGAUAAAAGUCAAAGCAACAGAAUUUGUUACACGAUUUGCCAUGGAUGGAAAAUUUGUUUAUGUAGAUCAGCGUGCAACAGCAAUUUUAGGGUAUCUGCCACAAGAGCUUCUAGGAACUUCUUGUUACGAGUACUGCCAUCAAGAUGAUCACAACCAUCUAGCUGAAAAACAUAAAGAAGUGUUGCAGAAUAAAGAAAAAGUAUUUACAAAUUCCUACAAAUUUAGAGCAAAGGAUGGGACUUUUAUUACUUUAAAGAGUCAGUGGUUUAGCUUCAUGAAUCCCUGGACCAAAGAACUGGAGUACAUUGUGUCAAACAACACUGUGGUAUUGGGUCAUAAUGAGUCAGCUGAAGAACAGGCCCUCUACAGUUCCCAGCCUGCAGAAGAUGCUGUAAAACAGUCUUUAGUAAGUGUACCUGGAAUGUCCUCUGGAACGGUUCUUGGUGCUGGAAGUAUAGGAACCGAAAUUGCAAAUGAAAUAUUGGAAUUGCAAAGGUAA